UCUGCCUUUCUAAAUCUCUCUGAAUUUUCUAUCUAUAUCUUUUUUUUUUCGAUUCGAAAAAAAUGAAAACUACAAUUCAAGAACAUAUGUUGGGAUUUCAAAUGUCCUUGGCUCUGUCACGAGCAAGAUAUUUGGGUCAUCCUUUGAAGCGUCUUCACUUAUCUUCUUCGGACGAUGGAUCUCAAUCAUCAAUUAAAAAAUAUAAUGGAAAAGAUUGUAUCUUGAAUAGGCUAAACACAAAUGGAAAGAGAACAGACAAUAUCAUUCAUGCACUCCGAGAACAUGUGAAAUUAGGAGGCAAGAUAUCAGAAGCAGUGAAGGGAAAGUUGAGCUUAGGAGCAAAAAUAUUGAGAGUUGGUGGGCUAAGGAAAAUCUACAAGAAGUUAUUUUCGAUGAACGAAGAAGAGAAGCUUUUGAAGGUUUCACAAUGUUAUUUAUCAACAACAGCUGGUCCUUUAGCUGGUCUUCUCUUCAUUUCCACUCAUAAAAUUGCUUUUUGUAGUGAUAAAUCCAUCAAAAUCGCUUCGCCAAAUGGAGAUCAUAUCAGAAUUCUCUACAAAGUUGUGAUUCCAAAGGAGAAGGUGAUGAGAGUAAAUGAAAGUGAGAACGUAAAGAAAGCAUCAGAAAAAUACAUACAAAUAGAAACAUUGGAUAACUUUGAAUUUUGGUUUAUGGGAUUUCUAAAUUAUCAAUCAACUUUCAACUCUCUACAGUGGUAGAAAGAAGACAUCGAGUUCUUUUUCUUUUUCUUUUUUUCAUCGCUUGAUGAUAGAGAGAUAUGUGUGUAUAUUUGAAGCAUAGAACUGUGAUUAAUUCAUUUGUACAUAUUAUUAUUAACUUAAUCUAAUGAGAAAAUUACUCCAUUUUAUUUUCUCUACAUCA